GUCAAAUAGGUCAUGCGCACCGGCAGAUACGGUUUCAAGUUUUGGCUUUAGACGUGUAACCACUUAUCUAUUCGAAGUUUAAGUGGAAAAAAAGGAGAAGCAAUUGGUUUAUCUAUUUACGAAGAAGAAGAGAUAGUGAUGGAAAUAUUUGGAGUUCACACAUGAAAUAGAUACAAGGAUCAAAAGGAUGAAACGUCAUAAUAACUAUAGGCGAGCGUUUUCCGUCGUUCAGUUCAUAGAAUUGCCUUUUGAAGGUAUUGAUGACUACGUAUGCGUGCCGUCGACUUGGCUGAUAGUACGUAAAGCGACGGAUCAGAAGGCCAUCGUUGCGUACCCUAAAGACGAAGAUCCUUUCAACACCAGAGAUCGCGUUAAAAGAAAGGAGAGACACAUAUAUAGUUACAGAGAUGCAAAAUAUUGGAUUGCGAUGAGAAAUGAUUAUGGACCUUUAGUAGAAGAAGAAUUAAAAACAACAGAUUCAGAACCAAACUUCCCGUUAAACAAGAAAUUGCGUGUUGCCAACCGAAACCAUUCGUCGAAAUUAAAUGAUAAUCCUCGGAAACCACUGCCAGGAAUAUCAAUUAAGCGACCACCAAAACCGAACAAACAACUUGAUGGGAAGCGAAUGAAACUGGGUGACGCUGCUCAGUCAUCUAGCGCUGUUGUUACCGACGCUAAUGCAGAGCCUGGAUCUUCAAGACAGGAACAGUCGAUUAUCGCACAGGACAACCAACCAAUCGAAUCUGCUGAGACAGAAACAACUACUAGUGAUUCCAACGGUACAUCGAGCUCUUCUCAGCGGAAAGAUGAAAACCUUCAAGAAUCGUUACCAAUACAAGAGCAACAAGAUUUGAGUACGCCCUACAUAGAUGUAGCUACACCAGAUACACCAGCCCUUGUGAUAGACGACGAUGAAAAAGUCCAGCCUAACAGUAUUGUGAAACAGCAAGUACCCUCUAAUCAAGCUAUCUCACACUUUACAGAACAGCCGGAACCGAUCCGGGAACCUCAAAUUUCAGUAGCCCCGUCAAUAGAGAUGACUAGCAAUAAUCAAGGAUCCCGCAUAGAUGAAGUCUUAAAUAAUGGACCUACUUCACAUCACUUACUAAAUUCACCAAAAAUUUCUGCUCAACUAUAUAGACAAAUGAAGGAGGCACGGCGUUUGAUACCGACUCAAAAACCGGUUGAGAGAAAUUUGUCUAUUACCGAACAGAACUCAUCGAAUUUGAUGGACCAAACUGGUUCUUUAUCGAUGCGAUCAGUGCCGACUCAACAACAAUAUCACACGUCGUCUUAUCAGAAUCAAUAUCUACCGACUAAUCGAAAGUUUGUACAAAACUUACUUAGGAAAUCUGCAGAGAGCAACAAUUAUGAACAGCGUCCUCACUCUCGAACUAUCAGAAUGAGUACUCCAUCCAUCGGACAAAAUUCUAUUGUCCCUUCCAGUCCGUUGUAUCAGAUCUCCAAGCUUCCACAACAGAGACAGUCGCAGCCAUCUCAGCAAGACUCACAACGGCAACCACAAAAACCGAAAAUAUAUAUUAGCAUCUCUGACGAGCCCAAAAGCCGGCAAGCACCUAUUCUUCAAGUCACGAAAGAAACGCUGUCACCUAUUCUUAAAAAGGUUCUAAAUUCGGUACGACAAGCAUUAUCAACUACUCAUAACCAAUAUCUUCAGAACGAACAGCAAUUUCAGGGAAAUCAUAGUGAACGUGCAAUUGUUAAUGAAAAUGAUCUUAGCGAAAUUGACAAUACGUUGCAAACAGAUGAUUGGAUGGAAGAAGAAACUCCGUCAGCGCAUCAUGGUGCAAAUUCAGAUUCCGAUAUGAGUACGAAUCAUGAAGUAAUCUCAGAUCAUGAGAUGUCUGCAGAUGAAGCACCUAUUGAAAGAACGAAUAACUUUUAUGGCCCUGGAAUCACUUAUGGAAAAAGCUGUACAGACAGACCGAUAGCUGCAGAAAACUCCACGAACCACCAGACGCAUUCUAAAGUUGUAUUAGAGCAGCAAAUGUUGGACAACUUCGCUACCCUCUUCACUCAAAUGGGGUCUACUUUGCGUUAUACUACUGAUAUGUACAACACCUUACGGAGUUCGAUCCUUGACACCGCCCAGACAUAUAAAAAGUUACUGGGUGCAGUCGAACAAUUAAAUUCAACACAAAAUUUAAUCAGCAAUAAAUCUUUUUCGAUUAACUUGAAACCAGAAGUCCGUCGGUUUCCUAAAAAGAGACACACUGAAGUAACAGCGAGUACUAGUUCAAGUACUCAAGAUCGACAUAGUAAUGACGAUGCUAACGAACCACCGAAGAAAAAACGCAACUCAUGGCGUUUUGUUCUACCACCGGAAUACGAUCCUCAUGAUACAAAAUGGACAUUGAAGUAUCGAACCAAUCUGCCAGGACUCGUAGAACUCAUGCCUCAAAGUGCUGUUUACGUCAGCUACGGAGACCUCAAAUACUGUCAGCAAGUAUCAAAAGAUUGCAAAUCAUUAGCACUACGAUUAUUAUCAGCAGUGUUCAACAGAAAAGCACUGAGUGUUUGUUUAUCAAUUGCUGAGAGAGCGCAGGCUUCUGAUAAUGUUCGAUCUAAUGCGAGGCCAGAAUUAGAUGAUCAUGCGGCUACGGUACUGUUGAAUUUCGUUUUAGAACACGGCCUACAACGUGGUUGGAAUACUGACUUACGACCUAUUCUUAGUACUUUACACAGUAAAACUCAAGAGAUUCGCUUCAAAUAUGGUGUGGUGGUUGAAUGUUAACUAUUGUGAUUACUAAUAAUUGAUCUUAAGUCGAGUUAUCUCAUGUGCUAAAAAGCACACUUAACUUUUUAAUUCGAUCCUGACAGUGGAUGGAGAGUAAAAGUAUCCCAGGCGGUAGCUACGAAUAUCAAUCGCUACAAGGAAAUUUAUCUUACGUUGAAAAAAAGCUGUUAAACAAACAUUGGACCAAUUUUUUGUGUAAGAAAACCGACCUACGACAACAGCCACUAUGGACUCAUCAGACAGUGAUUAAUUUUAAUUGAACUUUCAUAAAUAAAAUGAAUAUGUAGUUAA